GUUCAUGAAACACAAACAUCUGAGAUGAUUUAAACCACUGCAGAGAGCGAGCGAGCUUCUGAUCCUGCAGACUGGGCGACCCAUCAUACACAGCAGGUUUUGUUUGACACUCAAAGGUCCUGACCCUGCAAACAUAAUGGACCUGGAUCAGAACCCAACAGGUUCUUCUCACAUCCCUCAGCAUGCUUCUUGUCCUCCCUUACGUUGCCAUGGUGAUGAGGAGAUAGACCCCCACAAGACUGAUGUUCAGCAGAUGGUUAAACCUGCACCAUUCAUCAGCCCAAGCAGACAUCAGGUCUUUGAUGAACAGGACAUGAAAGGUCAACAGGUAGACAGCGCUGGCACCAAAGGACCAGUUCACACACUCAUCAGAGAUGAGCCCAGCAGGCCAACAAACCAGCAACACCUGAGAGUGGACCACACACCUUAUCAGAUUUUUGUGGAGCUGGACGAGCUGGUGAUCGACCAGAACCAGCAGCUGCAGUGGAGAGAGAUGGCUCAAUGGGUCAGGUCAGAGGAAGUGGGCCAGGAGGAGGUUCAGGAAGAGCCUGAGUGCUGGGGGACAACCAACAUCAAAUCGCUGUCCUUCUGUUCUCUGUUGGAGCUCCGAAAGACCAUCUUCCAUAGUGCCAUGCUCCUGGGUUUGGAUCAGAACACCCUGCCAGGGAUCGCUCAGAGGGUUGUUGAGCAGAUGCUGAUCUCAGAUCAGAUUAAAGCCGAGGACCGAGUCAAUGUCCUGAGAGUUCUGCUGCUGCCUCACAGUCAUCCCAGUGAUCAGAAAGAUCCAAGCUGGUUUAGCAGUAACAUCUCCAUAGCUAAUGUUGAUUCCCUGAUGGACAAGUGCAAUGGCCAGUCAGAGCAUUCCACGUAUCAGACCAAUCACAGUGGAGCUAGUAGGGAAAAGACCAAGAGAGAGAGCCCAUCACCCUCCCACUCUACAUCCAAACGAGAGAUGAAGCUGAUGGAGAAGAUCCCUGGGCAAGCUGAGGCCACAAUUCUACUUGUUGGCAGUGUGGGGUUUCUGGAACAUCCCUGCGUGGCGUUUGUGCGUCUGCAGGAGGCCGUCCUGUUGGAGACGGUGACUGAGUCUGCCAUCCCAAUCAGGUUCCUUCUCCUCAUGUUGGGUCCCCCCACCACCAAUACUGAUUACCACCAGAUUGGACGCUCCAUCGCCACACUCAUGUCAGACAAGAACUUCCGUGAGGCAGUGUACCAAGCAGAGAACCGUCAGGACCUACUGACAGCCAUCGACUGUUUCCUGGACUCCAGCGUGGCUGUCCCUUCAGAUGAGGAGUUGCUUCAGUCAGUCCCUCACUUUGAAAGAGAAAUGCUUCACAAAAGGCAGCAGAAGCAAACCAACUGUGACCAGCAUCAAGAUUCUGUGGUUCAGUCCAAGUCUAGUGCUGAUCCCCUGAGACGUUCAGGUCGUCUGUUUGGAGGACUGAUCAAAGAUGUGAGGCAACGCUACCCUCAGUACCUCAGUGACAUCCGAGAUGCUCUAAACCCUCAGUGCAUGGCUGCCAUUAUCUUCAUCUACUUUGCUGCUUUGUCUCCAGCCAUUACCUUUGGUGGACUGCUUGGUGAGAAAACAGAGGGCCUGAUUGGUGUAUCAGAGCUGAUUGUUGCCACGUCGUUGCAAGGCAUCGUGUUCAGCGUUCUAGGAGCUCAGCCUCUGCUGGUGAUUGGGUUUUCUGGACCGCUGCUGGUGUUUGAGGAAGCCUUCUUCUCUUUCUGUAAAGACCACGAGAUAGAAUACCUAACGGGUCGUGUUUGGAUCGGCUUCUGGUUGGUGCUGAUUGCCAUCGUCACUGUGGCUUUUGAAGGAAGUCUCUUGGUUCGUUUUGUGUCUCGAUUUACUCAAGAAAUCUUCUCCUUCCUCAUUUCCCUCAUCUUCAUCUAUGAGACCUUCGCCAAACUGGUCAAGAUAUUCAAGGAACAUCCACUCCAAAACUGUUACCAUGGAAACACCACAAUGUCUUCAUCUCAGCACAAUCAAACUCUGAUCACUGGGAGUCCGAGGAAGGUUGUUGGAGGGCCAAACACAGCGUUGCUAUCUUUGGUCCUCAUGGCGGGAACAUAUUUUAUUGCUUUCUACCUGCGAAAGUUCAAGAAUAGCUCCUUCUUUCCAGGAAAGAUGCGUAGAAUCAUAGGAGACUUUGGUGUUCCCAUUGCAAUCCUCAUCAUGGUUCUUGUGGACUAUAGCGUGGAGGAUACCUACACCCAGAAACUUAACGUGCCCAGUGGAUUCUCCGUGUCUAGUCCAGAAAAACGAGGAUGGCUGAUCUCCCCUCUGGGUUUAGAUGGACAGUUCCCAAUUUGGAUGAUGGGUGCUAGCAUCCUGCCAGCUGUUCUGGUCUUCAUUCUCCUCUUCAUGGAGUCCCAGAUCACAGCGCUCAUUGUUAGUAAGAAGGAGCGGAUGCUGGUGAAGGGGACUGGUUUUCACCUGGACCUUUUAAUCAUCGUGGUGGUGGGCGGAGUCUCAGCUCUGUUUGGUCUGCCCUGGUUAUCAGCUGCCACGGUCCGGUCAGUCACCCACACAAAUGCUCUGACUGUUAUGAGUAAAGCUGUUGUUCCUGGAGAAACACCUCACAUUCAGGAGGUCAAGGAGCAGAGGGUGACAGGCUUCGUGGUAGCAGUUUUAGUGGGUCUGUCUAUUGUAAUUGGAGAGGUUUUACGUAUGAUCCCUCUGGCGGUUCUGUUUGGCAUCUUCCUCUACAUGGGUGUGAUGUCCCUAAAUGGGAUCCAGCUCACAGAGAGACUCAUUCUGCUGCUGAUGCCUCCAAAGUACCACCCAGAGCACAGCUAUGUCCAUAAGGUGAGGACCAUGAGGAUGCACCUGUUCACCCUGGUCCAGCUAACAUGCCUGUCCCUGCUGUGGGUUGUCAUGGCGACGGCAGCAGCUUUGGCCUUUCCUUUCAUGUUGCUGCUGACCAUCCCAAUGAGGAUGCUGCUACUGCCCCGCUUCUUCAACACCUCAGAGCUGCAGAGCCUGGAUUCAGAUGAUGUGGACGCUCACCUAGAGGAGAAGGAGGGUCAGGAUGAGUACUCUCAGCUCCAGAUGCCUGUGUGACCUCACCUCACCCCUACUCACCCCUCUGGGACGGAACAUCUCUGAACACUGAAACAUUUAUUUGUAGAUGAAACUCUGCUGUGUGUCUCUGGUUCAGUAAAACCAAAGUUCAACUCAAA